UAGUAUUAUCUAAGUUUGUUUUUUAAAUAAUAGUUUAAAAUUAAAAUCACCGCACUGCCAAUUAAAACUUGGUACGUUUUGAAGUUUUUGAUUAUAAUGCUAAUACUGGUACAUCGAUAGUGUUUAUCGUGAUGCAUUGGACGCCUCGUGUUUGUUGCUUUGUACUGUUAUUCUCCGAUCUUUCAUCCUAGCAUUUUCGGUUUUUUUGGAUUUUGACUUUAAUAAAUCUUCUUUUCUAAAAUGAAACUGGACAAAGCUGAAGAAAUGGACUGUGAAAUCACGUCUGUGCCCGGACCGUCGGUUUCCAAAACGGACUCGAAGACCAAAUCAGCUCCCUGGAUUGAGAAGUACCGCCCACAAAAGUUUGAAGAUAUUGUUGGAAAUGAAGAUUUAGUCUCGAGGCUUGGGGUGUUUGCAAAAAAUGGAAACACUCCUAAUAUAAUUAUCGCUGGUCCUCCAGGGGUUGGUAAAACUACGACUAUACUCUGCCUUGCUCGAGCUUUGUUGGGGCCGUCGAUGAAAGAAGCUGUUCUAGAACUAAAUGCCUCCAACGACCGUGGGAUUGACACAGUCAGGAACAAAAUUAAAAUGUUUGCACAGCAAAAGGUCACAUUGCCUCCUGGUCGCCAUAAAAUUGUUAUUUUGGAUGAAGCAGACAGCAUGACUGACGGUGCUCAGCAGGCUCUGAGGAGGACGAUGGAAAUUUACAGCAGUACGACUAGAUUCGCACUAGCAUGCAAUAAUAGCGAGAAAAUCAUCGAACCAAUUCAGUCACGUUGCGCCAUGCUUAGAUAUGAAAAAUUGAAAGAUUCCCAAAUCCUGGCGAAAUUAUUGGAAAUAUGUGACGCUGAAUCUAUUUCGCAUACAGACGAUGGGCUAGAAGCAGUUGUUUUUACAGCCCAAGGUGAUAUGAGACAAGCCCUCAACAACUUGCAAUCUACGCACAAUGGAUUUGGUCAUGUGAAUAGUGAAAAUGUCUUUAAAGUGUGCGAUGAACCACAUCCGUUGCUGGUUAAACAAAUGUUGAUGCACUGCGUAUCCAGCGAAAUUACAAAAGCUUACGAAAUCCUUAACCAUCUUUGGAAACUGGGAUACGCUUCGGAAGACAUAAUAGGAAAUAUAUUCCGGGUGACUAAAAAUCUGAACAUCGAGGAAUGCUUAAAAUUAGAAUUUUUACAGGAAAUUGGUCUCACACAUCUUAAAAUUGUCAAGGGAGUCAGUUCUCUCCUCCAGUUGAGCGCUCUGUUAGCAAAACUGUGUAAACUAAGCAAACCAAAAUAAUCUUUGUAACUUAUUUUCAAUUUUGUACAUAAAUAGUUUUUAACUGAUUCUAA